GUUAAAUCAACCAGUCGCCGCUCCCUUCUUCCAUUUCCUGGCCGCCAGGCUUCCAACGUACGAAGCCUGUCGUCUUCCUCCCCACGCCAUUUCCCUGUCGACGCUCCCUCCUAGCGUCUUCCCCCUUCCUCUGCCAGCGCUCAGGAUGCUCUUCGCUUCAGCCAUGGAUGAGACUCCUACGUGCCACUGCUCCAGCUAUGGACACCGGGGCGCCCUUCUCUGGCCCAUGGCCACCAGGGAGCGACAGCUCUUCCACUGCUCCCUCACGCCAGCAGCAGAUCACUAGCGCCCUUUCUUCCACCUCCGGCCCGCAGGGAUCUCCUCCCUCUCCCAUCCAUGGUCCCCCAAAUCUCCAACCGGAGCUCCGAAGGCCGCCUCCCUGGUGCACCUCGCCAGCAGCAGGGAUCUCUUCCCUUCCCCAGGCGCAGACGAGCUCCUACCUGUCCCUACGACUUCCAUGGCCGCCGGCCCCUGGGAGCUCCAUGCUCCACGCGCCCUCAACCAUGGCGCGAUGUCUCUGCUCCUCCCAUCCAUGGCGUCCGACCUCCUCUCCGUCUCCUCAAGCAGGUCGGGAACCUUUUCCUGGCGCCCUCCUCUACCGGCCAGCCUCCCCCUUCCCUGCUCUCCCCUUGGAUGCGACCUCUCUGCCCAGCGCCACCCCUCCCUUCCUCCCUUUCUGUGGCGAGCGCGGGUUCCCCAAGCCUCGACGCUCGGCACUCUGAACAGGGACGCCCAGAUCCUUGCCUCUCUGUUCCACGCACCUGGCCCUACCUCUCCAUCAAGCUGCUCUCCAGGCCAAAUGUCCCCCAUGCUGCCAGCUCUGCACCCAUGGCGAGCAGCCCUCCCGGCAGCGAGCUCCUCUGUCGGCCCCCAUCCCCUAGCAGCAGGAAGCCUCCCUGGGCGCUUGUUUCCCCGACGCUCGCCCCGUCAACAGACGUCGACCUCGCACAGCAGCAGCGACGCCCUUCGUUGCGUCGCGCUCGCCAGAACGGGCCUCAUGUCGUCGAUCUACGCAGCGUCUGCGCGUCGUCGUCGAAACCCGCGCCAUUGUCGACGUCACGCCUCGCGCAUCGCUCGUCGGCAAAGAGCCCAAACUAAUGGCAUGCAUGCGCGACGCGAGUCGGCCAGGACCGAGAGAUGAUGAUCGUGCAAGUGAUGUGGUGUCAACCACAAGAUGCAGUUGGUGGACGACUUGAAGAAUGAUGGAUCUAACAUGUGGAUGCUCGCCAAGCGAGUGUCAUCUAGCAGACACUAUCUGAUGUUGAAUUCCAGGUACCUCCUUGAUUUGGUUGAUGGUGUGACUUGGCCUCCAUCCCUGCCACCGGGAUAGAUGGUCGAGAGGGUUACUGCUUUCGCAGGAGAGGACCAGGAGGAGUAGCGUGGCCGGGCUUCGCCAUGUUACUCGGUUUUCUCCAUUAGUUAUUUCCGCUGCACUAAAAAUAUUGUUACUGCUCUUGAAACUCCGAUAAUGUAAUCAAUAUUGAUACUUAUUAAAUUUGUGGUAUUAUGCUUUAUUGU